GACUUGACAUAUCAUGGCGGCUGUAAAGGCAUUAAAUCCAAAAGCUGAGGUAGCGAGAUCGGCUGCUGCUCUGCACCUUAACAUUACAGCAGCAAGAGGACUUCAGGAUGUACUUAAAACAAAUUUGGGUCCUAAGGGCACCAUGAAAAUGUUGGUGUCAGGUGCUGGAGACAUCAAGUUGACUAAAGAUGGAAAUGUGCUACUACAUGAAAUGCAAAUUCAACACCCCACAGCCUCUUUAGUGGCAAGAGUGGCCACAGCCCAAGAUGAUAUUACUGGAGAUGGUACUACUUCAAAUGUCUUAAUUAUAGGAGAAUUGUUGAAACAGGCUGAUCUCUACGUAUCAGAGGGUCUACAUCCCCGUCUUGUCACAGAAGGAUUUGAAUUAGCAAAGAAGAGAGCUUUAGAGGUUUUAGAGGAAGUUAAAGUUUCCAAGGAAAUGGAUAGAGACACUUUAAUAAGUGUAGCAAGAACAUCACUCAGGACAAAACUACACACUGAACUAGCAGAUCUCUUAACAGAGGUUGUUGUUGAUGCUGUAUUAGCCAUACGAGAUCCUUCUAAGCCUAUAGACUUGCACAUGGUUGAAAUUAUGCAGAUGAUGCACAAAUCUGGAACUGAUACCGGCUUGGUCAAAGGGCUCGUGAUGGAUCAUGGAGCUCGUCAUCCUGAUAUGGCUAAAAAAGUAACAGAUGCUUACAUCCUUACUUGUAAUGUUUCUAUGGAAUAUGAAAAGAGUGAGGUGAAUUCUGGGUUUUUCUAUAAGAGUGCUGAAGAAAGAGAGAAAUUAGUUGCAGCUGAAAGCAAGUUUACAGAUGACAAAGUACAGAAAGUCAUUGAACUCAAAAAUAAGGUUUGCGAAGGGAACAACAAAGGAUUUGUGGUGAUAAAUCAGAAGGGAAUUGAUCCAUUCUCAUUUGAUACAUUAGCUAAAAAUGGCAUUGUGGGGCUUCGUCGUGCGAAGAGCAGGAACAUGGAACGACUCACCCUUGCUUGUGGAGGCAUUGCUAUGAACUCCUUUGAUGAUCUUACACCUGAAUGUCUGGGUCAUGCUGGACUUGUUUAUGAACAUGUUUUGGGAGAGAGUAAAUACACAUUUAUUGAAGAGCUGAAAAACCCCCUCUCUGUUACUAUCCUCAUUAAAGGGCCAAACAAGCACACUUUGGCUCAGAUUAAAGAUGCAGUGCAUGAUGGUCUGAGAGCAGUAAAAAAUGCCAUUGAAGAUGGAAGUGUUGUUCCUGGUGCAGGAGCAUUUGAGGUGGCAGUCAGUGCUGCUUUGACAGAAUUCAAGAAGACUGUGAAAGGCAGAGCAAGGCUCGGAGUUCAGGCCUUUGCAGACGCCCAGCUUGUUAUUCCAAAGAUUCUUGCACAAAAUUCUGGCUAUGAUCCACAGGAAACAAUUGUUAAGCUGCAGGAGGAAUAUGCUGAAGCUAAAACUCCAGUGGGUAUUGAUCUGUCAAGCGGAGAGGCGUUGGUUCCUUCAGAUAGUGGUAUCUGGGAUAACUACAGAGUCAAGAGGCAGCUUCUACAUUCAUGUGUUAGAGCAAACAUAUAUAAGAGCACCGUGUGAUGAAGUUCCUUUCAUUUUGCUGUAACUCCACGAAGAUACCGAACGGCAGUUGCCAGUGUUGGUCUUUACAGCAUCCCAGUAUAGUAGCAAUAAAAAUGUUCCAGAAAAUAAA